AACCGCUUCGAGUUGACCGUGAACGUGAGCCUCACGGGUUUUUGGGGUGAAUUAAUUCGAAAAGAGCGCAAUCUGGCUCAUUUUUGAGAAUAUUGGGUUGUUAAUUAAGUAAAAAUGGCAACGUUAAACAUCAUCAGAGCCUGCUCAGUGCCAGUUUUUCGGCAUUCCCUGAAGAAGCUGCUUAUUGGACGGGAGCCUUUUAUUCUAUCUCACACCGGGGCCAAUACGCUUUGUAAGAGGGCGAGUCCAACAGUAACAUUCCAGAGGUUUUACGCGGUUGCCACAGAAAAGAAGGUUUUCCAGAGGGACAAACCGCACUGCAAUGUCGGUACCAUUGGCCACGUUGACCACGGCAAAACCACCCUCACAGCAGCCAUCACCAAAGUUCUAUCAGACAAAGAGUUGGCCAAGGCGAAGGCGUACGCUGACAUUGACAAUGCGCCUGAGGAAAAGGCUAGAGGAAUCACCAUUAACGUCGCCCACAUUGAGUACUCUACAGAUAGUAGGCAUUAUGGUCACACUGAUUGUCCGGGACACGCCGAUUACAUUAAGAACAUGAUCACUGGAACUUCACAAAUGGAUGGAGCGAUCUUGGUUGUUGCCGCAACUGACGGCGCUAUGCCCCAGACCAGAGAGCAUUUGCUCCUCGCCAAGCAGAUUGGAAUCAACCACAUGGUCGUUUUCAUCAACAAAGUUGAUGCUGCCGAUCAGGAGAUGGUUGAGCUGGUCGAAAUGGAGAUUCGUGAGCUUUUGACUGAAAUGGGCUACGAUGGAGACAAUUUGCCCAUUGUCAAGGGAUCCGCUCUGUGUGCCCUGGAGGGAAAGAACCCUGAAAUUGGUUCUGAGGCUGUGAUGAAACUUUUGGAAGCUGUAGACACCUCAAUCCCAACUCCUAUCCGAGAACUGGACAAGCCCUUCAUGAUGCCUGUGGAAGGCGUUUAUUCUAUUCCUGGGCGAGGAACCGUGGUCACUGGCCGCCUAGAAAGAGGAACCCUGAAGAAGGGCCAGGAUGCCGAGUUUGUCGGACACAAUAAAGUCAUCAAGUCCACCGUGACUGGAGUUGAAAUGUUUCACCAAAUUCUGGAGGAGGCCCACGCUGGUGACCAGGUUGGAGCUCUUGUAAGGGGAGUCAAGAGGGAGGAUGUCAAGAGAGGCAUGAUUCUCUGCAAACCUGGAACUCUCAAGUUUGUUGACAACGUCGAAGGACAGGUUUAUGUUUUGACCAAGGAGGAAGGUGGUCGGUCCAGGCCUUUCAUGUCUUUCGCCCAGAUGCAAAUGUUCUCUAAAACCUGGGAUAUGCCCAUCAGAGUGCAGAUCCCCGACAAGGAAAUGAUCAUGCCGGGAGAAGAUGCAAGACUUCAGAUUCAGCUGUUCAAGCCCAUGGUGUUGGAACAAGGUCAGAGGUUCACAAUUCGCGACGGCAGUACAACCUUGGGCACUGGAGUGAUCACCAAAGUGCUGCCAAAGCUUAGCGAAGUGGAGAGAAGCUUGUUGACUGAGGGCAAGAAGGCGAGGGAAAAGUACCUGGCCUCACAGAAGGAGAAGCAAGAGAAGAAAAAGUAGAUCAAGUAAUAUUAUCAAGCCGAAGCUAAGUGGUGAACUUUUCAGUCUUUUCUCUCAAAAUCAUCCCGUAAACUCUCAUUUCCUUACACCAAAUUCAGGCUACUAGGGAAAAACUCAUUUUUAUUAUUAACCCUGAGAGAGUUGAAAUGUGCGUUUUAGGGUAGCAAAUAAAAACCAUAAACUGUUACCAAA